AUGUCAUCCAAGGAGCUCAAGAAGCAGCUCCAGUGGCCACCCCAAGCGAAGAUGAGCAAGAAGGAGCUCUUGGAAGGCUUCAUCCCGCACGAGGACUUUAUGCGUCAACCGGAAGCCGCCGAACUGGAGGCUCGCGCUACCCAGCAAGAUCAAGUCAACAUGGACGCCUUGUCUCCAGGACCUGAGGGCUACACUGGUCUCGUGCGUCACCUGCGUGAUGAGGUCGCUCAAUCGACAUCCGCAGUGCGCAGCGAUGCCGCCUUUGCUCGUCAAACCAUCGCGAGCACUCUUUCCGCUCCGCUGCGUCGCGCCAAAGGAUCUGUCUCGCACAUGGCCGAUGAAACUGCCGAUGCGUUCAAACAGACCUCCCAGCUCAAGAAUUCGGUCCAAGACAUGGGCUCCAUGGCCACCGACAAGAUUGCAGACGUCAAGGAUGCUGUGCUCGAGCAGGCGUCGUCGCUGUCGUCCACUGUCGCCAAGCAGGGCGAGAAGUUGGCCGAGACGAAGGAUGCCAUCGUUUCGCGUAUAUCCGCGGCUGCAGAGGACGUGAUGGCGCAAGGCCAGCGGGUUGGCGAGGUUCUUCAAGACAUUAGCGCAAUGGCCUCUGACAAGAUUGGGGACGUCAAGGACACUAUGCUUGAGAAGGCGUCCAAUGCUGCCGAGACUCUCAAGUCGUCCGAUGUCACUGCCGCUCGUAAUGUGGCCAACAAGGCUGAGUCCGCCGGGUACGAAGCGUCGGCGAAGAUGAAUGAAGCCAAGGGUGCUGCUCGUGAGGUUAGCCAGAAGGCAGAGGGCUUUGUCGAGAACGUCAAGUCGAAGGCUCAGACUGUGGCUUCGUCAGUCUCGGACAAGAUUGGGGACGUCAAGGACACUGUGCUCGAGAAGGCUUCGAACGCUGUCGAGACGCUCAAGUCGUCUGAUGCUGCCAGCGAGGCGAAGGCUACUGCUCGCAAUGUGGCCAACAAGGCUGAGCGUGCUGUCGACAAUGUCAAGUCGCAAGCCAAGUCCACCGGUUACGAAGCGUCGGCCAAGAUGAAUGAAGCCAAGGGUGCUGCUCGUGAGGUUAGCCAGAAGGCAGAGGGCUUUGUCGAGAACGUCAAGUCGAAGGCUCAGACUGUGGCUUCGUCAGUCUCGGACAAGAUUGGAGAUGUGAAGGACACGGUGCUCGAGAAGGCUUCUGAUGCCAUCGAGACGCUCAAGUCGUCCGAUGCAGCAAGCGAGGCAAAGGCUACUGCUCGCAAUGUGGCCAACAAGGCUGAACGUGCUGUCGACAAUGUCAAGUCGCAAGCCAAGUCCGCCGGGUACGAAGCGUCGGCCAAGAUGAAUGAAGCCAAGGGUGCUACUCGUGAGGUUAGCCAGAAGGCAGAGGGCUUUGUCGAGAACGUCAAGUCGCAGGCUCAGGCUGUGGCUUCAUCAGUCUCGGACAAGAUUGGAGAUGUGAAGGACACGGUGCUCGAGAAGGCUUCGAACGUUGCCGAGACUCUCAAGUCGUCUGAUGCUGCCAGCGAGGCAAAGGCUGCCGCUCGCAACGUGGCCAACAAGGCUGAGCGUGCUGUCGACAAUGUCAAGUCGCAAGCCAAGUCCGCCGGGUACGAAGCGUCGGCCAAGAUGAAUGAAGCCAAGGGUGCUACUCGUGAGGUUAGCCAGAAGGCAGAGGGCUUUGUCGAGAACGUCAAGUCGAAAGCUCAGGCUGUGGCUUCGUCAGUCUCGGACAGGAUGGAAGACGUCAAGGACACUGUGCUCGAGAAGGCUUCGAACGCUGUCGAGACUCUCAAGUCGUCCGAUGCUGCCAGCGAGGCGAAGGCUACUGCUCGCAACGUGGCCAACAAGGCUGAGCGUGUGGCUGACAAUGUCAAGUCGCAAGCCAAGUCCGCCGGGUACGAAGCGUCGGCCAAGAUGAACGAGGCCAAGGGUGCUGCUCGUGAAGCUGGCGAGAAGGCAGAGGGCUUUGUCGAGAACGUCAAGUCGAAGGCUCAGACUGUGGCUUCGUCAGUCUCGGACAAGAUGGAAGACGUCAAGGAUACUGUUCUUGAGAAGGCUUCGAACGCUGCCGAGACGCUCAAGUCGUCCGAUGUCACCGGCGAGACUAAAGAGACAGCUCGCUAUAUGGCCGAUAAGGCGGAGCGUGCUGUGGACAGCAUCAAGUCCAAAGCGAUGGCGGCGUCCGAGGCAACCACGACACCUUCCGGCAAGAUCAAGUCGGGCGUCAAGGCGAUCGCUCGCGAUACGCUCGACCCCCGCGCAAAAGCAGCCGACUACACCCAGGAAAUUGCAUCUGAGAUUGAAGAGGUCGACACGAUGGCCUCCGACAAGAUUGCCAAAGCCAAUGACACGGCGAUCCGCAACAUCAACUCUCAGCGCAACUUUUCGAAAGCUGCCACCCGAGGCCCCAAUGUCAACCCGGAGCGCCUCAGAGCUCAAGCGCAAUACGAUGAAGCUGCCGUGCAAGCCGUCGACGCCAUGGCAUCGGACAAGAUUGCCACCGCCAACGAAAAGGUGGUUGAGGAUGCCGAGCCGCAGUUUGCUGAGCGCCAUGCCAAAAAGACCACUGAGGCCGCCAAAAAGCAAGAUCCGAACAAGGGUCCGUUUCCCCAAAAGGAUGGCUACUGAGUGAAGUUGCGAAUGGUCGCAGUCGUAGCCUCUCCCUCCAACGAACAAAACAAAGCAUCAAAAAGAAACAAAAAAAACAAAAAACAAAAAACACCAGAGUUUGCUUGAUACUGUGUGUUUUCACAUUGCUGGGACCAAGCCUCCGUUUGUGCGAUGUGUGCUAUUUUUUCUACAUUUUUCGUGUAGUUGAUGAUGAUGGUUGCAGCUUGUCCAAUACACUUUGUGAGGUCGA